UGUUUGGAAACUAUUUAAACGUAAACUAAGUAAAUGAACAUAAGUUUUAUCGAUAAAUCUUAAGAUAUCACAGUUUCUCAAUUUAUAAAUGCCUCUACAAAGCUCAUAGGUUACCGGUUAAAUCUGAAAAGUAUGAAAAAUAAAUAAAAAACAUGUCCAGACAAAUCCAUUUCUAGCGGUAACAUGACUUGAUUUUUAGUUCAGUAAUAAGAUUAAAUUUCAAGGAUGCGGAUGAAAAAGUUUAAAGAGAGCGAGUAUCUUUCUUCAUUUAAAGAAUUAUCACCUCCAGAGCAAGAUAAUUUUCCUGCUGGCCAGAAAUCUACAAACUUAGGUGUACCAUUUGAACCACCAAUACAAAGGAAGAAAAGGACAACUGGACCAAGUACAUCACUGAGUAACAACUUUUAUGAGAGUCCUGGUAGAUUUAGUGAUGACUAUCAGCUGCUAGGAGCUAAUGAUAAAUUUGUUACUAAUGUGAAGUAUAGAAGUAAAAGCCAUGGUAGAGAACCGUCACCACCCAAACAACAAAAACUUAGCAAGAAAACGAAGGAAGAAAACAAAGAAAAUUUAAGAAAGACAGCACCAGCUCCUUAUGUGAAUAUAGACAGAUUUAGAGAACCUCCAAAUGCUCCUCGACGAGAAAAAUAUACAGAACCUGUGAAAAGACAGGAGAGAGAGUAUGAUGAACCACUAACACCAAGAAAGCCAAAAGAUUAUCAUGGGAUUAGGAAAGAAGAUUUUAAAUCUAAAACUGUUGAUGUCAACAGAGAAGUGGCAUUCUCUAAACAGUUGAAAGACAAAAAUGUAAACAAUAUGAAUGAGUUUGCUCAAACAGAUUUACAGAGAGGAAUUAUGGACUCAGCACCAGAGGCUCCAGCUGAGUAUGCAUUGAAGUAUAAAGCUGGUAUUGCACCAUACAGACCAAGGAAAAAGACUUCUGAAUAUGCAAAAGCUUUUGACUGGAAAGAGAGAGUACCUUCAUCACCAAUGUUAGCUGCUGAACAGGUGGUUUACAAUAAUAACCCAGCUAUGUCACCUUCUAAGAGAGAUGUGGUCGCCAAGUCAUCUGAGUAUAAUGCACAAUAUAAAGGAUGGAAAACAGUGCCAUCAUUUUCAUUUAAUGAACUGAAAAGGGAGGAGGAGCUUAAGGAAGCUGACACCAAUCAGAAUCAGAGACAGAGUAGGAGUAAAAGGAGACCAAAGAAAAAGAUACUAGUACCAAGAAGUAAAAGUGCUUCUCCCGAUAGACUACCACCAGCUGGUACUGAGAAACUGGUAACUAGUGAUGAUAAGAGAAUGUUACGAGGAUCUGGAGAAAUAAAGAAAGAGGUGCCAAAGGUUCCUAAAGGACCAGUAAGACAAGUGAGAAGUGAAUAUGCAACAAACUACCGAUCUCCCAAGAAAUUUAAAGUUGUUCAUGGUGCAUGGAAAGGAGCUGAUCCUCCUCAUCUCCAGCCUCAGAAUAUAGACGAAGAAAAGACCCCUGUAGUUUCCAGCUGGUUUGCUGAGGUUGUAGAGCUUAGGAAGAAGGCUCAAGAGUACAAGAAACGGGCUCAGGGUACACAUUUCUCCCGAGAACAUCUGGUACAACUGAUGGCCAAACAAGCUGAUAUGUGGGACAUAGAAACUGAGAGGUCUAGUACAUUGUCAGCCUUGUCAUUAGAACUUGGUAGUGCUAGAGAACAGAGGAGGAUCAACAAAAAGAAAGCAUUACAAUCAAGAGUAUUGCCAGAUACUAAUAAUUCAGCAGCAGCAACUAUUGCCUCUGAAGAUGAGGAUUACAAACACAUGGAGGAUGUAGAAGAGGAGGACAGGGAACAAGAACAGAUUAGAGGAAGAUUCCAAGAACAACGAGAGGCCAGGAAUAGAAGAUUUUCAGAUGAAUAUGUUAGGAAGCCGAGUCGACGAACAAAGAAAUCUGCCUGGACAGAACAGAGAGGUCAAGAGAGAAUGAGUGAAGGUAGUAGAUCAUCAAGAAGUACAGAAACUUUUGAUGAUGAUGAUGGAAGAAUCCCUACUCCUGUCUUAGCAUCCAGAACUUCUAAACCUCAACGACAUCAUUUUGACCUUACAACUCCUGCAGUAGGGGGAGCUUUGUUGACAUCACCUCCUCAAGUAAGACGACCAAUGAGAAAGCCCCGUCCACAAACAGCACCAGUCAGCAAGUCAUGGGCUCAGCCUUUAAGAGGUGUGGAUGAAGAUUAUGAAAGUGAUGAUACUUUGACAGAAGAACCUGUUUAUACAAAAUCUACAGCAAAACAGAAAUUAUUUAAGACCUACGAUGUCAAUAAAACCAAAUAUGUAUGUGAUCCCACCUUUGGUAAACCCUCCCCGGACACACAUCCACUGAGAGAUGAUGAAGCCUCUACAGAUAGACCUAUGUUGACAACAUUUGUUGAUACUCCGGCCAAACAUUUACCAGUAGAAAAUGGUGAGGUCAAGGCUCAAAAGACAGGGGAAGUUCAAGUAAAAAGACCAAGAAAACCAAAACAAGAAGGUAUUCCCCCUACCAUUAAAGAAGGGUUUGGUUACACAUAUGGUAAAGGUGAUCAAGGACAAAGUAAACUGAUGUGGACCAUUGAUGGGGGUAUGCCAAUUCCCAGGAGAGACCCAGAUGAUGAUGUUUUAUCAUUCUCAACUAGAUCAGUGGCUUCUAGUUGUUCUCUAGCAUCCGAAACAUACGAACGAGCAAAGAAAAGGACAGAGGAAUUCUGGGGGAAAACUGGUGUAGCCUCGCGUUGAACAUUAUGGAAAGAUUAAAAGUAUAACUGUGUAUUUAUUGGUUAAAGAUAUUAUAGAUCUGUUAUGUAGAGUCUGUUUCUAGAGAAUUUUAGAAUGUUGUAUGUAAACGUUACAAUGACAUAGAAAUAUUUUGUGCAGAGUUUAGAUGGGUGUUGAAAUACUGAGAACAAAGAAUGUCAGAUAUGUGAACAAUGAAAUGUGUAUUAGGCCAAGAUUGAUCAUGACAUUUUAAGGACUUUUGGAUCAUGGGCAAUUUUCAUUGGUAGAAUCUUUUUGAAUCAUUGACAAAGGGUUUAAUUUGCCCUGAAACAAUUCCAUUAAUUUAAGAAUUAAAGAUCUUGUGUUGAUUCAUUUAUUUUAAAUAUUCAAGUUUUUUCCGCAACUGAGUUGCUAUGACUAGAAUUGUACAAUGUCAAAUUAUUCGUUGAAUUGAUUCAUGAUUAUUGUAAAGAAAAUGCCCAUCUGAACUCUGGCAGUUUUUGUUUGCUCAACAAUUUUGUAAUUUUAUAAUUAUGUGUUUUCAUGAGUUUAAGCGAGUUGUCAUUCAGAUGAUUAAUUGUGUGCUGUGCAUGAUUAUUUAGUGAAAACAAAGGCAGCAUGUUAUUGAGUAAAUUUAUUACAACUAAGCAAAAUGAUUUCAGAAUUAACAUUCAUAUCAUGUGUAAAAAACAUUUUGGAAGAGCUUUGGACUACAUAGGCUGUUUUUGCCAGUAAUGAAGUAUCAGUUCCAUUUUACUGUCAGGGUUUAAAUAUUAAGAAUUAAUCAAAUGUGUUUUUCUUGUUUUAUGGAGUUAAAGUUAUUUAAAUAUAAA